GGUGAGUUCAGCAUUACCGUAUCUCUACUCAAUUUCUUCUUCGGGCAAAGUUUACCUAAUCUAAUCGGGGAGACUGUUGUGUUGUAGAUAUUUUUUAUCACCCAAAACACAGGCUUGGUUGUAUAUAAAGCAUCAGAAGAAAAUUCCCUGCUUUAGUUCUAAAAGAGAAUUUCAUAAAAUUGGCAGGAAAAACUCUUGAUACCGGUUUCCAAAGUCUUGGGAGCUUUUUCUUCUGCAAAGAAAUCUGGUGAAUUUCGCAAUAUUUCUCCCAAAUCAUGUUGUUUGAGCUUUUGCUCUUGGUGAUUGUGGUCUUCUUGGCUAAAUGGAUCAUUGAACGAGGAUACAAAAAUGAGAACUACUUCAAGGAUAAGGGGAUUAAGCACUUGAAGCCUAAAUUUAUUUUGGGAAAUUCUGCAAAUUUAUUCUUGCGCAAAAAAACCAUUUUGGAUUUCUUCAGAGAUGCAUACUUUGAGUUUCCCAAUGAGAAAGUUAUGGGAAUGUUUGAAUUCCGUACGCCGGUGUACAUUGUAAGAGAUCCGGAACUCGCAAAACAAGUGGGUGUGAAGGAGUUCGAUAGCUUCACUGAUCAUCGAAGCGUUAUUAACAAAGAUGCUGAUCCUGUCUUCGGGAAAUCCUUAAUUUCACUCAAGGGAGACGAAUGGCGAGAUAUGAGAGCCACCCUUAGUCCAGCUUUUACAGGAAGUAAAAUGCGGUUGAUGUUUGAACUUGUGUCCGAAUGUGCCAAGCAAAUGGUUGGCUUUAUUAACACAGAGACGAAGGCUAAAGGGAUUCAAACGUACGAGAUGAAGGACUUCUUCUCCAGGAUGUCCAAUGAUGUCAUUGCAACAUGUGCCUUUGGGAUUCAAGUUAACUCCCUUGAGCAUCAAAGUAAUGAAUUCUAUGUCAAUGCCAAGGAGAUGAUGAACUUCACAAAACCCCUGCGCUUGAUCAAAUUUAUUCUCUUCAUGGUGUUUCCUAAAUUUUUCGAGAUAACAAAAAUUAGGCUGAUACCCGAAAGCUUAAGUGGGUAUUUUAAGAAUGCUAUCUUUGGUGCCAUGAACUACCGUGAGAAGCACAAUGUUUUCCGCCCAGAUAUGAUAAACUUACUAAUGGAAGCUAAAAAGGGGAAACUCUCUCAUCAAGCUGCGGAACAUCAUCAUGAUUCAGCUGGAUUUGCAACAGUUGAGGAGUCAGAUGUGGGCAAGAAAGAAGUCAAGAAAACCCUUUCGGAUGAUGAUAUCCUAGCUCAAUGCUUCCUUUUCUUCCUGGCUGGUUUUGAGACAGUCUCCGUGGCAAUGUCCUUCAUCACCUACGAACUCGCAAUAAAUCCAGAGAUUCAAGAGAAACUAUAUCGUGAAAUUCUAGAGACGAAUGAAGAAUUGGGCUCAAAAUCUCUCAAUUACGACACCAUCCAGAAGAUGAAGUAUAUGGAUAUGGUGAUCUCAGAGCACCUACGCAAGUGGCCACCAGCAAUUGCAACCGAUAGACAUUGCAACAAGGAUGUCAUUGUAACGGACAACAAUGGAGUUGAGUACAAGUUCAAUAAAGGUGACACCGUCAUGAUCCCAAUGAUUGGAUUCCAUUUUGAUCCAAAAUAUUUCUCCAAUCCCGAUAAAUUUGACCCCGAAAGAUUUAAUGAUGAAAAUAAGCAUACAAUCACUCCGGGAACGUAUCUUCCCUUUGGAAUUGGACCAAGGAAUUGCAUUGGUUCACGAUUUGCUCUUAUGGAAGUGAAAGCUCUUUUGUACUACAUCCUUUUGAACUUUACCAUUGAACCCAAUGAGAAGACUCAGAUCCCGCUAAAACUUUCAAAGGAACCAGCUCUAAAGGCUGAGAAGGGAAUUCAUCUGCAAUUCAGACCAAGAUCAAAGAUAAUGUUAACUGAAGUCCUAGUGCUAGUGGCUUUAGCCAUAAUUAUCUACCUAGUUUAUCGUGCUGGGACAAAGAAUGAAAAUUACUUUGUCGAAAGAGGGUUGAAGUUCAAAAAGCCCUUGUUUCUCAUUGGAAACUAUCUGCCAAUUUUUCUGCGGAAAACAAGCUUGUUUGAAUAUACGAGGGAUAUAAGUAAGGAUUUUCCGAAUGAAAAAUUGAUGGGACAUUUUGACUUCCGCCGACCAAUUGUGGUUAUUCUUGAUCCUGAAAUUGCAAAGCAAGUGUCCGUUAAGAAUUUUGAACAUUUCAUAAAUCACCAAGAGAUAUUUAGUGAGGCCUUUGAUCCAGACUUUGGAAAUUCCCUCAUUGCUCUCAAAGAUCAAAAAUGGAAGGAUAUGCGAUCAACUCUCAGUCCUGCUUUCACAGGAAGUAAAAUGCGUCAUAUGUGCGACUUUAUCGUUGAAACUUGUGAACAAAUGGUGGACUACCUUGAGAUGGAAAUUGACCUAAAAGGUCCUCAAACACUCGAAGUAAAGGAAUUACUUUCCAGAGUAACAUUGGAUGUGAUUGGAACUUGUGCCUUUGGAGUUCAAGUGAACUCCUUCAAGGAUACAAAGAAUGAAUUCUUUAUAACAGCCAAAAAGCUAGUCAACUUUCGAAGUAAACUCCUUCAAAUUAAAUUUCUCAUGCUUAUGAUGAUGCCAAAAGUAAUGGAGCUCCUCAACAUUAAGCUAUUUGACAAAACAAGCAAAUUUUUCUUAAAAAGUAUUGUUCUAAAUUCAAUGAAAAUGCGAGAGGAGAAAAAGAUCAUUCGUCCUGAUAUGGUACACCUCCUUAUGGAAGCCAAAAAGGGCACUCUAACACAUACGGAUAAUGAUAAGGACACUGCAGGAUUUGCAACAGUUGAAGAAUCCAGCAUCGGAAUGACAACUACAAAGAGAAGUUGGACCGACACAGAACUCGUAGCUCAGUGCUUUGUUUUCUUCGUUGCUGGAUACGAAGGAAUAGCCAAUGCUGCGAAUUUCUUUUUGUACGAAUUAAUGGUUAAUCCUGAUAUUCAAGAGAAGCUCUACGAAGAAAUUACCGAAUCCCAUCAAAAUCUUGAGGGAAAAUCAUUGAAUUACGAAACACUUCAGAAACUAAAAUAUUUGGACAUGGUGGUUUCGGAAUUCUUCAGAAAAUGGUCAGGACCAGCCCUGGAUCGUAUCUGUACGCGGGAUUUUACCCUGAAGUACGAUGGUGAUAAGGAGUACACCUUCAAGAAAGGAGAUAUGAUUUGGAUUCCAACUGUUACUUAUCACCACAACCCUAAAUUCUUCCCGGAUCCUGAAAAACUCAUUCCUGAGAGAUUCAGUGAUGAGAAUAAACAUUUAAUUCAACCGUUCACACAGAUAAUGUUAUCUGAAGUCAUACUCUUGACAGCGAUUGCUGCAAUUAUCUACUUUGUCUACCAACUUGGGACUAAAAAUGAAAAUUUCUUCUUAGAAAGAGGGCUCAAAUUCAAAAAGCCCACAUUUCUCGUUGGAAAUUACUUGCCAAUUUUCUUGAAUAAAAUAAGCCUGUUUGAUUACGUGAAGGACAUGCAGAAGGAAUUUCCCAAUGAAAAAUUAAUUGGUCAUUAUGAUUUUCGCAAUCCAAUUGUUGUAAUCCUCGAUCCUGAAAUGGCUAAACAAGUUGCUGUGAAGGAUUUUGAAAAUUUCGUUGAUCAUCAAGAACUUUUUAAUGAAGAAACUGAGCCUGAUUUUGGGAAUUCUCUCUUCGCCCUGAGAGGUCAAAAAUGGAAGGAUAUGCGAUCAACGCUUAGUCCUGCCUUUACGGGAAGCAAAAUGCGCCUCAUGUGUGACUUUAUCGUUGAAACUUGUGAGCAAAUGGUGGAGUUUUUGAAGACAGAAGCAGCAGAGAAAGGCCCCCAAAUUCACGAUGUGAAACAAUUAUUAGCCAGAUUAACGAUGGACGUUAUCGCGACGUGCGCCUUUGGAUUAAAAGUUAAUUCUCUUAAAGAUAAAGAAAAUGAUUUCUUUGUUAAGGCUAAGAGGAUGGCUAACUUUCGCAGUGCUCUUAUUCAGCUCAAAUUUGUCUUAUUUAGAAUGUGUCCUAAAGUGAUGGAUUUCUUCAAGAUUCCACUUUUUGAUGAGAAAAGUAAAAAUUAUUUGAAAAAUAUCAUUAUGAAUACAAUGAAGACAAGAGAAGAGAAUAAGAUCGUUCGUCCUGAUAUGAUUCACCUUCUAAUGGAAGCUCAAAAGGGUAAUCUAACACAUACAGACAAUGAUAAGGACACUGCAGGAUUCGCAACAGUUGAAGAGUUCAAUAUUGGAUUGUCGAGCAUUAAAAGGAAUUGGAGUAAUCAAGAAAUCACCUCUCAGUGUUUCAUUUUCUUCGUAGCUGGGUUUGAAGGAGUUUCUAAUGUUGCUGGUUUCAUGCUUUACGAAAUUAUGGCUAAUCCUGACAUACAGGAUAAACUCUACAAAGAAAUUUCCGAAUGUAACAAGAAAUUAGAAGGAAAACCACUGAAAUAUGAAUCCCUUCAGCAAUUGAAAUACCUGGAUAUGGUUACUUCAGAGUUCCUUAGAAAGUGGACAGGGCCAUUCCUUGAUCGUGUCUGUACACGUGAUUUUACACUGAAGUACGACGGGAAUAGGGAGUAUACCUUCAAGAAGGGAGAUUUAAUUUGGAUCCCAAAUGUUAGUUUCCACUACAAUCCCGAAUUCUUCCCUGAUCCUGAAAAAGUCAUUCCUGAGAGAUUCAGCGAUGAGAAUAAGCACAACAUUAAUACUGCCGCGUACUCACCGUUUGGUAUUGGGCCUAGAAAUUGUAUUGGAUCACGUUUUGCUCUGAUGGAGCUUAAAUCAAUCAUGUACUACAUCGUGUUGAAUUUCCACGUUGAAGCCACGGAAAAGACUCAGAUUCCAAUGAAAAUUGCAAAGAGUUUUAUUGGACCAUUGCCAGAAAAACCUAUUCAAAUUAAAUUCCGCCCAAGGAAAUAAAAUGAACUUCUAAUGAACUAAAGCACUGUGUAAGUGCAUAACAAAAUAUGUAUUACCCGAAGAAAAAAUGUAAAAAAAAUAUAUAAAAUAUAGGUACAGUGGGACCCCAGUACAACGACGGCUUGGUUGAACUACUCUCGCGCAUUGAAAUAAUGAGUGUGAAGAGUACAUCCGUGUGGUCGUUGUACUGGGGUCCCACUGUAUAUUAAUAGUUGAAAGUUUUUCUUUUAUACAUUUUUUUAUAUGAGUUUAAUUUAAAUUUUUCCUCACGAUGAAACAAAAAAUACAAUUUUUUAUCAUUUCAGUUUUAAAUGUUUGUAUUUUUCUUAAUAAGAAAAGAAUUAUGGUUGUUUUAACAAAAGAAAAUAUUUCCCUUUACAAGUUUAAAUAUCUAAUUAAAAAAAUUCCAGUUUAAGCUUAAUUUAACUGAAUUUGACCACAACAGAGGACAAUAUUUUUAUUUAAUCAAUGAAUUCGGCAAAGUCAUGGUCAAUAAGACUCCCGCGUAUCAAUGUUUUAUGUACAUUAUGUAUUUACACUGAGAAUUGUAUGGAAUUCAAUACACAAGCACCAAUAAAAGUAAUGAGUUUA